GGAAGUGUUAUGUAGAGUGUUUCCGGUGUCGUAUCGCAGGCUGCUGCUGUGUGUUCGUGCUAGCAGAGUAAAACAUUCCUCACUCAGAUGGCGAACAGAACUGUUAAAGAUGCGAACAGCAUACACGGGACCAACCCGCAGUAUCUGGUGGAGAAGAUCAUCCGGACGAGAAUCUACGAGUCUAAAUACUGGAAGGAGGAGUGCUUCGGUCUGACCGCUGAGCUGGUUGUUGACAAAGCCAUGGAGUUGAAGUUUGUCGGUGGAGUUUUUGGAGGAAACAUCAAGCCCACUCCCUUCCUCUGCCUCACGCUGAAGAUGCUGCAGAUUCAACCUGAAAAAGACAUCAUCGUUGAGUUCAUAAAAAACGAGGAUUUCAAAUAUGUUCGUUUACUCGGAGCGAUGUACAUGAGGUUGACUGGCACUGCAGUGGAUUGCUACAAAUACUUGGAGCCGCUGUACAACGAUUACAGAAAAGUCAAGAGUCAGAACAGAAACGGAGAGUUUGAGUUGAUGCACGUGGACGAGUUCAUCGACGAGCUUCUUCAUGCAGAGAGGAUGUGUGACAUCAUUCUGCCCCGGCUUCAGAAGAGACACGUCCUCGAGGAGGCUGAGAUGUUAGACCCACGUAUCAGCGCUCUGGAGGAAGAUCUGGAUGAGGUGGAGAGCAGUGAAGAAGAAGAUGAGGAAGAAGAGAAGCCGGAGAGACUCCAGACCCCCGAGCCCCACAGACGCCGCGACGGUUACCGUGACAACGACAGACCUCGUCGCUCUCCAUCACCUCGUUACAGACGCAGUCGCUCACCCAGACGGAGGAGCAGAUCUCCAAAAAGGCGAAGCCCAUCCCCCCGAAGAGACCGCCAUCGUAGCAAGAGCCCCCGCCGCCACCGCAGCCGGUCCAGAGACAGGCGCCACCGCUCCAAAUCUCCAGGUCACCACAGAAGCCACAGACAUCGCAGCCACUCAAAGUCCCCAGAGAGGAGUUCAAAAAAGAGUCACAAGAAGAGUCGACGAGGAAACGAGUGAUCUCCCUUUCACUUUUAUAUCUUACCCCCCUUUUUUUUUAUUUUACCUCCAGACUGUCAGAGAACUUGCCUCUGAAUCUUGUAUCAAAUUUGAGUUUUUUUUAAUUUUAAUUUUACAAGUAAUCUCAAUUUUAGAUGUUAGACCACUGACCUGUCUGUAAGAUAUUACAAUGUAAAGCCCUCAGGUUUCAGCAGUGUGUAUGUACAGUAUCUAAUCACUCACUCUGCAACCUUUCAGCCUCAUUCUGUGGUUCGAACCCUCUGAGAGAAAAACAUCUAAUAUAGUACUCCCCGUUUUCAGAUAUUUCUGGCCAUUAUUGAUAACUUUUGAAUCUGUGUAAAUGUAGAAGAUGUGUUUUAUGUAUGUCAAGAAUGAGUUUCACACUCUGACCUUACAUUUGUCAGAAAUAAAGACCCUGAUUCAUUA